UUAUCUUCUUAUUUGGAGCAAAAACCGGUGCUGGUUGAAGCCUGCCUUAGACACUAAUGGGCAGUUGAGCCCCAGUGGCGGAUCUAACGGUAGGCGGACUAGGCGGUCGCCUGGGGCCCCGCCAAUUUAGGGGCCCCGUAGAUCGCCAUUCUAUAGUAUGCCGUAUGAACAGAGUAACUAUUGUUGAUUAUAUAGUGGAUUACUAAUGUGUGAAUUAUAAGCAAUUGAUGCCCUGAUGUGAAUUAUGAUUUUUGUAAAUAAAAAUACGAUUACUUCGCCAUAAAUCAAGGCCUGCUUUUCAUUUGUUUGAGACGUUUAAUGACUGCUGAACUGAAAUUUGAUUUGAUAAGACCUAUCGUAAAGAUAAACCUGGAAUUUCAUUGAGUAGGUGGUACGGUACGAAUUGAGUCUCACGUUAGUCUGUCACGGAACGUCAACAGUGAAUAUGUUUAAUAGUCAGUUUGUGCUUUAGAAAAUGGACUCCUCCGCUUUUCCUUCUGGGUCAUCUGAUGAGUUGGACUCAAAAUCGGUACAAUUUAGUGCAGCAGCGACGCAUCCCACUGAAGGUUUUGCUAAUGCCGCACCGGUAGGAAUUGACGAGUGCUACGACACAAGUAAUGCUAGGCGUGGCAUUGCGCUUAUCAUCAAUCAGGUGAACUUUAGCAGCAUGGCAGUGCGCGACGGUAGCAGUAAGGAUCGCACCGAUAUUAGCACGGUAUUGCAACGAAUCGGAUUCGAGGUGCGUGUGAUGGACGAUCCGAACAGAAAGCAACUACUUUCCGCGCUCAAGCAGCUUGCCGGUGAGGAUCACUCGCACAGCGACUGUCUAGUGGUGGUGGUGAUGACGCACGGCAAAGAAAAUAAUCUACUGUACGCUUCCGAUAAGUCAUACGAAGAGAACCAGUUGUGGGAACCGUUCAUUGGCGACGCCUGUCCAUCGUUGAUCGGUAAGCCGAAGUUGUUUUUCGUACAGGCCUGCCGAGGCAAGAAGCUUGAUGAAGGCGUUAUUCAAGCAACCAUAAGCAUAGAUUCCGUCGAUACGCAAUCGUCACCGGGCUCGAUGCGAUACGUUAUUCCGGCCAUGGCAGACCUGCUGGUCAUGUACUCCACGUACGAUGGCCACUACUCGUGGCGCAAUCCGAGCAAGGGGUCUUGGUUCAUCCAAUCGCUCUGUGCCGAGCUUGGGGCGAGUGCCCAUUGCAAGGAGCUGCUGCACAUACUGACUGCCGUUUCGCGCCGGGUAGCGUAUCACUAUCAGUCGAACGUUCCGGAUAAUGCCAAAAUAGAUGCAAAGAAGCAGAUGCCCUGUAUGGUGUCCAUGUUAACCAAGCUGCUCUAUUUGAGGCCAAAAAAAUAGGAGAAACACCAUAAUAAAGACCAAAAAGUUUGCUUCCGAAUGACGAAUGUCCGUCAUGAUGGUGUGGCGAGAAUUAUCGUAAAAUGUAGCCUCUCUGUUUUCAUAACAUUCAGGGAAAUGGUCCAGGAACUAAAGUUGUAAUAUCUGUAAGAAUUCCCAGGGAUCAUGAGAUUUUUUACUAAUACCUUCAAUGUAUUUGGAACUAUCACGGAUAUCUUCGGCAAGGCCACAGGAAUGGUAUGAUAAUCUGGAGGUGUCAGAGGAGUUCUUCUAUCUUAGAACGAUGAUAAAUUCGAGUAAUUAUAUCAUCAGCGGAAUCCAGGAACGUAUUUUUCCAGGGAAUAAAUAAUAACUUGAUCCAUAAAUACAUUCUUUUUUCUGUCCAUUGCUUAAGGUUUUUGUUGUUUUUUAUCCAUUCAGCUUGUUCCAUUGCAGAAUAGAUUACGAUAAUGCCGUCACUGAACAUGACAAGAGGUUUUUGGUGGCCUGUUUCCAAGAAAUUUCAUGCGUAAGCAAUUAAAGCGAUUUCAGAAAUGAUAUCAGUCAAAGAAAGAUAUCGCGCUAAACGUAGUGAUACAAAACGGGAAGAGGUUAUCAAAAGUGUAAAGGGGGUACAUUUGACUAGAAAUUUAGAGUGUGCCACAUUCCAAAAAUGUAUUUCUACUGGACGUAUCUUUUGUUAAAAUAAAAUAAGAAAACCGCUUA